GUGUCAAUACUGCAGGUCAUCCUGGUACAAGAAGUUGGCACUUGUAGUGUCAAUACUGCAGGUCAUCCUGGUACAAGAAGGUGGCACUUGUAGUGUCAGUACCGCAGUCCAUCCUGGUACAAGAAGGUGGCACUUGUAGUGUCAAUACUGCAGGUCAUCCUGGUACAAGAAGUUGGCACUUGUAGUGUCAGUACCACAGGUCAUCCUGGUACAAGAAGGUGGCACUUAUAGUGUCAAUGCUGCAGGUCAUCCUGGUACAAGAAGGUGGCACUUGUAGUGUCAAUACUGCAGGUCAUCCUGGUACAAGAAGGUGGCACUUGUAGUGUCAGUACUGCAGGUCAUCCUGGUACAAGAAGUUGGCACUUGUAGUGUCAGUACUGCAGGUCAUCCUGGUACAAGAAGUUGGCACUUGUAGUGUCAAUACUGCAGGUCAUCCUGGUACAAGAAAGUGGUACUAGUAGUACCAACAUAAUUGUCAGACAACUCCUGUAAGUUCUGUAAAUACUAUAAUGUAUAUAUAUAUACAUGUAUAGUGACAUCACUAACUACAGUGUUAAUACAGUGACAGCAUUAAUAUGGUGCUUAUACAGUGACAACACUGUAACAACAGAGUUGGUACUACAACACUUAGAGUGGCAACAAGAGUGUCAUAAGGUUGAUGUGUCAUAAAUAUCUACUAGUGUCAUCCUAUUCCUCACACACUUACCCCUACAUAUUUUGUGCUUCCUAUACUUACAGUAAUAGAAUAAUACAGGAAUAUUGGUUUUCUCUGUAAUAAAAUAUUCUCAAAUAUCCCCUAAUUAAACAAUUUAAAUAUGUCAGAACUUACUUUUCACUGUCUAAAAUACCUGAAAAACAGUGUGUUGAGGCACAAUGUACAGUUACUCAUAGAGGAGACCAAUUAUAUCAACAUUCACAUGAAAAACAAUGUGUUGAGGCAAUACAAUGUACAGUUGUUUGUGUAGGAGACCAAUUAUAUCAACAUUCACAUUCACUCAAUCUUCACAACAAUCUCAGUGUGGAUAUCAGACCAGGUUUAUCAUGGGCAAAAAAACAAUUCAGUGUUCAGUAUGUCUAAAAGAAUUUUCUCAAAGAAAUAAUUUAGUCAUUCACAUGAGAACUCAUACUGGAGAGAAGCCAUAUCAGUGUUCAGAAUGUCUGAAAGACUUUAAUCAAAAAUCAAGCUUAGUAAGUCACAUGAGAAUUCAUACUGGAGAGAAGCCAUAUCAGUGUUCAGAAUGUCUGAAACAUUUUUCUCAAAAUUCAGGAUUGGUAAUUCACAUGAGAACUCAUACUGGAGAGAAGCCAUAUCAGUGUUCAGACUGUCUGAAAGACUUUUCUAGAAAAUCACAAUUAGUAAGUCACAUGAGAGCUCAUACUGAAGAAAAGCCAUAUCAGUGUUCAGAAUGUCUGAAACACUUUUUUCAAAAUUCAGGAUUGGUAAUUCACAUGAGAACUCAUACUGGAGAGAAGCCAUAUCAGUGUUCAGAAUGUCUAAAAGACUUUUCUGAAAAAUCAAUCUUAGUAAGUCACAUGAGAACUCAUACUGGAGAGAAGCCAUAUCAUUGUUCAGAAUGUUUGAAAGACUUUUCUGAAAAAUCAAGCUUAGUAAGUCACAUGAGAACUCAUACUGGAGAAAAGCCAUAUCAGUGUUCAGAGUGUCUGAAAGGCUUUUCUAGGAAACAAGAUUUAGAAAGACACAUGAGAACUCAUACUGGAGAGAAGCCAUAUCAAUGUUCAGAAUGUCUGAAAGACUUUCCUAGAAAAUCACAUUUAGUAACUCACAUGAGAACUCAUAGUGAAGAGAAACCAUAUCAUUGUUCAGAAUGUCUGAAACAGUUUUCUCAAAAAUCAAGCUUAGUAAGUCACAUGAGAAAUCAUAUGGGAGAGAAGCCAUAUCAUGUUCAAAAUUUUCCUCAACACUCAGGAUUGGUAAUUAACAUGAAAACUCAUACUGGAGAGAAGCCAUAUCAGUGUUCAGAAUGUCUGAAAGACUUUUCUAGAAAUUCACUUUUAGUAAGACACAUGAAUGCUCAUACUGGAGGGAGGCCGUAUCAGUGUUCAGAAUGCGCGAAAGACUUUCCUAAAAGAUUUCUUUUAGAAAGCACAUGA